AAGUGUAACCGGAAGUGUAUGAGGGUGUUACAGUGUGUUUUGGUGUUGCUGCUGAUGGUGUUAUUGUUACUGCAGUGGAUUUAAAUUAAACUUACAGACUGAUGUCGUUUGGUGAACCCCAGAACAGCGGUCGGCGUAGUAAAUGGGACCAGGCCGCUCCGUCCUCUGGUGCUCUGGAUGCUGCUGCUGCCGUCGCUGCCAAAAUCAACGCCAUGCUGGUGGCUAAAGGCAAACUAAACCCUGCACAGAUCAACACACACACACCUGGGGACACGGCUGCAGGAGGAGGAGGAGGAGGAGGGAGUAAAAACUCUGUAAAAGCGAGGGAUGACCUGGUGGUGGCCGAGGUGGAGAUAAACGAUGUUCCACUCACAUGCAGGAAUCUGCUGACCCGUGGACAAACGCAGGACGAGAUCAGCAGGGUGAGUGGGGCUGCCGUGUCCACUAGAGGGCGCUACAUGACUGCAGAGGAGAAGACUAAAGCUCUGCCCAGCGACCGUCCGCUCUACCUCCAUGUCCAAGGCCAAACCAGAGAGCUUGUGGACAAGGCUGUAAACAGGAUUAAGGAGCUCAUCACUAAUGGAGUGGUUAAAGCAGCAGUGUCUCAGCCUCCUCCCUCUAUACUGCCUCCCGCAGGACCCAAACCUCACUGCACUGGGGUGAAGGUGUUUGUGGGAUUGGACCACGCCCUUCCUGGUUUCUCAGUGAGGGAGCGGGUGGAGGGACCGAACUGUUCUUACCUACAACACGUUCAGAACGAGACGGGGGCCAAGCUGUUCCUGCGGGGUCAGAGGUCAGGCUGCAUUGAGCCGGCAUCGGGGAGAGAGGCCUUCGAACCCAUGCACAUCUAUAUCAGUCACCCCAAACCAGAGUGUGUUACUGCUGCCAAGACACUGUGUGAGAACCUGCUCCAGACGGUACAUGCAGAGUAUUCUCGAUACCUGAGUGAGAUGAGUGCUGUGAUGCCCACACAAGGUUUCCUCCCUCCUCCUGGAGUAAAUGGCUUGCCCCAGUAUUACCCCACUAACGUGGCCCCUGUGGCCCCAGCGCCCACUCAUUAUCCCCUCCCCCCUUCAACAGUAGUGCCCACUGCAGCACCGGAGCCCACGGUGCCCCCUACAGCCCCGUACCACAUCACACACCCGCUCACAGCUAAUCUCACACAGCCCCUCCCACCAGCAGUGUACCCACUUGUGGCUCCACCCCAACAUAUCACUCCAUCUCCAGUCAAACCUGUGGCUCCGCCUCCAUCCAAACCUGUGUCGCAGACAAAAUCACUGGCUCCACCCCCUCCGCAGAAACGCCGCUUCACUGAGGAAGUGCCUGAGGAGAGCGAUACCGGCCUGCUGGGAUACCAGCAUGGACCCAUUCAUGUGACUAAUUUAGGUUCAGGCUUCUCUGUGGGCAGCCCUGAGAGCACAGGACCCCAACACAGCAUUUCUACUUCCCGUGGAGAGAGACAGGACAGAGACAGUAGGCAGAUGAUGCCCCCUCUAGCCCCACCUCCGAGCAGUACAGUGAGAGAGCAGAACAGUCAAGAGAGAUUGCGCAGCUCCCUGGCUCCUCAGGUAAAGCGCGUCAGGACGGGGUUGGUAUCGUACUCUGGCGAUUCUUCUGAUGAAGAGGAGGAGCUUUUGUCGCAGAAAGUGGGUGAGGCCAGUGUGGUUGGCUCCUCCCCUUCAUCAUGGGCUGCAGGGACAUUCAGGUGCCCAGCCCCCUCUCAGCCACACCCAAAAACUCAGUCAGUUCCUUUCUGGAUGGCGCCAUGAGAGGAAGGUGUAAUGUGCGCGUGCACACACAUACACACAAACACACCCUGCCUUUGAUGAGGUUCCCUGGGCAGAGUUCAAGUUAUGUUUUAUCAGCCAAUUGUAAAUUUAAUCAUGUUAUUAAUAACUUUUUUUCUCUAGAUUUAUAAACACAGCAGUGCUGUAAUGGCGUUGCUGUAAUUCUGAUUGGUUGAUCAAACGUAACAAAAACACAGCUCCAUGUUUAUUGACCCAGAGACAUCUGUAACAUGGCAACAUCCUCAUCCACACACACACACACUUUUCGGUGUUCUUCUCUGCCCUUUGCUACUUUGUGAGCACCAGUCUGAUUCAUUGAUGUGACAGGAAGUGUAUUAAUGGACAGCAAGUGAUCUACAGAUGUAAUAUAAUGAACUGAACAUCUUUGUGUUUUGCUUAAAAUAAACACUUUCGUCCAACA